AGUCGCCGAGGCUGGCGAUCGUCACGCAAGGGGUAGGAGUUUAUGCUAAACAGGCAGCAUCACGUGUCUUUUUCGUCUUGUAACUUGGUCGUGUGUUGCUGGCUGCGCUCCUGACACUCAGUGCUGCUUUCCCUCCUCCGAUCCUGACUAAUCUGUCGUAAAAGAUGUCUGGCCUCCACUCUUUGUUCAAGUACAUUGAUGAGCAUCAGGAUGUGUACGUAGAGCGGCUGGCACAAUGGGUGGCUGUGCAGAGCGUGUCGGCCUGGCCGGAGAAGAGGGGAGAGAUCAGGAAGAUGAUGGAGAUCGCCGCCAAGGAGAUUGAGAGGCUGGGCGGAUCAGUGGAGCUCGUGGACGUUGGAAAGCAAAAGCUUCCCGAUGGAGCAGAGAUUCCCUUGCCGCCCAUCAUCCUGGGCCAGCUGGGCUCAGACCCCGGAAAGAAGACUGUGUGCAUCUACGGGCACCUGGACGUGCAGCCUGCCCACAUCGAGGACGGCUGGGACAGCGAGCCCUUCACCCUGGUGGAGAGAGACGGGAAGCUGUUUGGACGCGGCUCUACAGACGACAAAGGACCAGUGUUGGCAUGGUUCAACUGCAUCGAGGCCUAUCAGAAGACACAGCAGGAGCUGCCCAUCAACAUCAAGUUCUGCCUUGAAGGUAUGGAGGAGUCUGGCUCAGAGGGGCUGGACGACCUGGUGUUCUCCCGCAAAGACACCUUCUUCAAGGAAGUCGACUACGUCUGCAUUUCCGAUAACUACUGGCUCGGCAAGAAGAAGCCCUGUAUAACAUACGGGCUCAGGGGCAUCACCUAUUUCUUUGUGGAGGUGGAAUGCUCUGACAAAGACCUCCACUCGGGAGUGUUUGGGGGUUCGGUCCAUGAAGCCAUGACUGACCUCAUUGCCCUGAUGGGGUCUCUGGUGGAUAAGAGAGGUAAAAUUCUCGUCCCUGGCAUGUACGAUGCAGUGGCUCCCUUAACCGAUGAAGAGAAGAAGCUCUAUCAAAAGAUAGACUUUGAUCUGGAGGAGUUCUCCAAAGAUGUGGGAGCCUGCAAGUUGCUACAUGACACAAAGGAGCAAAUUCUGAUGCACCGCUGGCGGUACCCCUCUCUCUCCCUGCACGGCAUUGAGGGAGCUUUCUCUGCCUCAGGAGCAAAAACCGUCAUUCCCCGCAAGGUGAUCGGGAAGUUCUCCAUCCGCCUAGUGCCCGACAUGGACCCCAAAGUUGUGGAGAAACAGGUCAGCGAGCACUUGAAGAAGACAUUCGCUGAUCUGGGCAGUCCCAACCAGAUGAAAGUAUCCAUGGGUCACGGGGCCAAAGCCUGGGUCUCUGAUUUCAACCACCCCCAUUACAUAGCUGGCAGAAAGGCCAUGAAGACAGUUUUCGGUGUGGAGCCUGACCUGACGAGAGAAGGAGGAAGCAUUCCCGUCACCCUGACGUUCCAGGAGGCCACAGGGCGCAAUGUCAUGCUGCUGCCGAUGGGGGCUGCCGAUGACGGGGCCCAUUCCCAAAACGAGAAAAUCAACAGGUCCAACUACAUACAAGGAACCAAGCUGCUGGGAGCUUACUUCCAUGAAGUCUCUCUUCUGGAGUAAUCGGAUAAGUUACAUUGCGUUAAGCAUGGAAGUGUAACACGCCAUCUGAUGGACUUUGGACAACCCACACCGUUUUUCUUUUUCUUUUUUAAUUUCGUGGCCCAUGGGUGUUUAGUUUUACUUCAGUCUCUCAGUGAAGGCUUGUCAAAAGAAAUGUGAACUGCCAGCCAGAUCUGCAGUUAAAAAAGUUACAGGACAACAGUGAUUGCCUAUGGUGGAAACAGGGCAUUUUGCUGCUUGUGUGUAUGACUGAAUUAGAGGAAGCAUCACAUAUUUGUUUUGAAGGCAAGCUUGUGCCUGUAUCCAAUCAGUAGAGCGCUGGAGAAUGGGGGGAGUUCUGUUUUUAAUUGAGUACUGACACAUGAUGCUGAGCCAAUAAUCCUUGGUUACGAGAUCAUGAAUUCAAUUCUAAUUCGCUAGCAGGCAGGUGAUAGAAGUGGGAGCUGACGUGUUUGAGAGAGAGGACAGAACAACAGGAAGGCUUUUUUUCCCCCCAAGAUUAUCUUCACUACCCCUUCCAAAGCCAUGAGUAUACCUCUGAUCGUCACCUGAGAAAACCGCACACGUAAGAAAUUGUAAAAAUAAGACAAAAAAUGCCAUAGAUCACUGAGCCUUGUUUUUUUUUAAAUACUCUGAAAAUGUUGAACGUACAAUAUGAAUUUGUAAUGACAACUUUAAGCAUUAAAGUAUAAAAAUAUGCAACA